UGGGGACCCCUGAUCCAGAGGUGGGACCAAGUCAUUGCUUUGCAAGUCACAACCUUCCUGCCUUCCCGCCUGCCUGCCUUCCUGCGCGGAGCUUCUCCCUCUCCUCCGUCUGGCCGCCGCGCUCCGUGUGCGUAAAAAUGCGCAUCUGGGUGGACUCGCCGCUCGCAACGUCCCGCGGCGCGUGUGCGUGGGAAACUUGGCGGCAAGCUGCGUGUUGUGGACGGGAAGGUUGGAGCCGGAGGAGCUGUAGGACGUGGACUCUGCGAGCAGAAAGGUGCUGACGUGUUGCUGAAUGGCGAACAAGCCGCUGGCCUCCUCGCCUGCCUCGUGACGCAACGUGUGCCGCCAUGUACCAGGAAGUAGCUUUCCUGGCGGGCAGCACUGACCACCAGUUCACCAGCUUCCACUUCAAGCCUGUGGAGAACCUUCAGGAGGUGUCCUCCAAGAAGGGCGUCUUCUACAAGCGGGCCCAGCUUCUCCUCCGCCAACAGGACUGCGGCGCGGGUGCCGGUGCCGGUGCCGGAGCCGACCGGGCGGUCAUUAUCAACGUGGGAGGCAUCAAGUACCGCAUCCCCUGGUCCACGCUGCAGGAGUUCCCCAUGACCCGGCUGGGGAAGCUGCACAGCUGCAGCAACGAGGCGGAGAUCAUGGACGUGUGCGACGACUACGACGGCAGCCGCAACGAGUUCUUCUUCGACCGCAGUCCCUCCGCCUUCCGCACCAUCGUCACCUUCCUGGCGGCGGGCAAGCUGCGGCUCCUCCGGGAGAUGUGCGCCUUGUCCUUCCAGGAGGAGCUGCUCUACUGGGGCGUGGAGGAGACCAAGCUGGACUGGUGCUGCCUGAGGAAGCUGCGCCUCCGCCAGGAAGAGUUCAAGGAGCUGCAGCGGCUGGAGGAGGAGGAGACGGAGCUCGCCUCGCCGCCCUCCUGCGAGGAGAGCCAGCAGCUGGCCAGCAUCGGCGAGGACAGCGCCGCCGCCGAGGGGUGCAUGCGGAGACUGAGGGACAUGGUGGAGAACCCUCACUCCGGCAUCCCCGGGAAGAUCUUCGCCUGUCUGUCGGUGCUCUUUGUGGCCAUCACCGCCGUCACGCUGUGUGUGAGCACCAUGCCCGACCUCCGGGAGGAGGAAGAGAGGGGCGAGUGCUCCCAGCGCUGCUUCAACAUCUUCGUGCUGGAGACGGUGUGCGUGGCGUGGUUCUCCCUGGAGUUCGCGCUGCGCUUCAUCCAGACUCAGAGCAAGUGCACCUUCCUGCGCACGCCGCUCAACGUCAUCGACGUGGUGGCCAUCCUGCCGUACUACAUCACCCUCAUCGUGGACUCGCUGUCGGUGGGCGGCAAGCCGGCGGGCUCGGGCAACAACUACCUGGAGAAGGUGGGGCUGGUGCUCCGCGUCCUGCGGGCCCUGAGGAUCUUCUACGUGAUGAGGCUGGCUCGCCACUCGCUGGGCCUGCAGACGCUGGGGCUGACGGUCAGGAGGUGCACGCGGGAGUUCGGCCUGCUGCUGCUCUUCCUGUGCGUGGCCAUGGCGCUCUUCUCGCCGCUGGUGUUCCUCGCAGAGAGCGAGUUGGGCGCCAAGCAGGAGUUCACCAGCAUCCCCGGGAGCUACUGGUGGGCCGUCAUCUCCAUGACGACGGUGGGCUACGGCGACAUGGUGCCCCGGAGCAUCCCCGGCCAGGUGGUGGCGCUCAGCAGCAUCCUGAGCGGCAUCCUCCUCAUGGCCUUCCCCGUCACGUCCAUCUUUCACACCUUCUCGCGCUCCUACGUGGAGCUGAAGGAGGAGCAGAACCGAGCCCUGAGGCAGAAGCCCGACUCGCAGGACAGCACCAAGUCGCAGAACAGCGACGACUCGCAGGACGUGGACAGCUACCACGCCGUCGCCGAGUCCGUCGUCGCGUCCGCACAGCGGAGGAAGUCCAUGGCUGCUCACAGAGCGCACGUCCAGACUUAAAGACCAGCGCCGACACAUUCCGUGGAACUCAAACUGGACUCGGGACUGAAAUAUCCCCGCCUCAGCAACUUUUACCUGUUCUAAAAAAAAAAGACAAAGAUACGUGUCCAGUUCCAAGGGAACUACACUUUUUUGGGAUCUUUGCCUAUC